AUGCUGUCAAUGUCUGCUUCAAUGCAGACAUCUAAACCCACAGACAGCCAAAUUUUACCACAACCUAUUUCCAAAGAUUCAACUGAUGCCCUGAUAGAUAGUGAAACAUUAUCACAUCCUGCUCCAAUAGUACCAUCUGCUACAUUUAUAACUGGUGAAAUAUUACAGGCUACCUCAAACGAUUCAUCUCCUACUUCUGAAAAUGAAAUGUUAUUGUGGCUUGACACAACAGCUCAAACUUCUACUCAAAUAGAUGGUUCAGAUACUGAAGCAGUAUUCAAGCCUACCUCAUCCAGUCCAUCUUUUAUCACAGAGAGUGAAGUGUUAUCCCAGAUGACCUCAACAGGCCCAUUUGCUGUCAUAGAGAAUGAAGGGUUAUCCCAAUCUACUUUAACAGGCCCACCUAUCAUCAAAGAAGGGGAACUAGUGUCUGAGUCUACCUCAACUGAAAGUGAGAGAUUAAAGCAUGAACACAAUGUCAUCACAACAGAGACUCCAUAUAGCAUUGGCAUGGCAUUGGAAUUUUUGCCAGAAAUUUCUCCUCCCUCUGUGCUCCCAGAUGAUUAUUUAGAACUCAAUUUUAGUACUGGGUCUUCAGACAUUGUUUCAUUUAAGAAUGUCUCUGAACAGCCUACUCUCAGUCAAUAUUUGACUACUACAUCAUUUCAGCCAACUGAUAGUGCUUGGAAAAGCAAUUCAUUUCUAGAGGAUAACAUGAUGUCAACAGAUGAUAUUUCAGAAAUAGAAGCAGCAACAACUUCAUCGGUUUUAAUGUCCUCAAUAACCCAGGGAUCAGGUACAUCAAUCAGAGGGCAUAACAAAGAAAGUAUGACUAAACCAUUUGGUGGACAACUAGUUCCAGAAGGUGAAAAAUCUUCAGGAAUUGACUUUCUCAAGGAAUUCCAUGUACUUUCUUCAGGAGCAGUAGAAGUAAAAGGAUCACAGCCACAUAAUUCAGCAUUCCGGCUUAGUCCUUCAUUACAUCUGAGAAAAGAAACUGGAUAUGUGUGUCCAAAUGGAAUUCCCUCUGAGUAUUCCAUUAUCGCUACAUUCAGGAUGUUGGGAGAUACCACACAAAGUAUUUGGAAUUUAUGGGAAGUCAGUGAUAUAAAUGGACGAGAGCAAGUUGGCAUUCGUUUUUUUGGGAACUUAAAAUCUUUGGAACUUUUCUACAGAACUUCAGAUAAUAACAUCAUUUCCCGAACAUUCAACAAUGUGGGUAUACUUUUUGAUGGACGCUGGCACAAAUUAGCACUAAGUGUAAAUGAAAGAAAGGCCAAAUUGCUAAUUGAUUGCACUCAAGCUAGUGAAGUUCUACUUAACGACCAACAUGUGAUAAAUGGAAAUGGUUACACUUCAAUUGGAAUAAGGAUGCUGGACAAUUCAACAGUUUCACUUGAUCUGCAACAACUAGAGCUGCACUAUAAUCCUGAAAAAGCCUUUUCAGAAGAAUGCUGUGAAUUAUUUGACCUUUGUGACAGAAUUGCAGAAUUGAGUCUUACCGGGAAUCCACUGCACUGCAAAUGUUCCCAACGAGAACCUUGGCAGCGCAAGAACUCAGGCUUAGAGGGGGAUAAAGGAGAACAAGGCAUGGCUGGACAACCUGGAAGGGCAGGGGCUCAGGGUGUAAGAGGUAGCACUGGUUCCUAUGGAAGAGUUGGUGACUCUGGACCUUCGGGUAUAGCUGGAAUAAAAGGAAAUAAGGGAGUAGAAGGAAGACCAGGCCGAAGAGGUACAGAGGGUCCUAAAGGAUACAAAGGAUUGCAAGGAACCAUUGGAUUUAAGGGAGUCUCAGGAUCACCUGGACUAAGAGGCCAAAUGGGACUACAAGGUGAAAAGGGAAACAAAGGUGAAACAGGACAUGAAGGCAUAUGGGGAUUACAGGGAGUGAAGGGUGACAAAGGAUUCCCUGGUAUUGAAGGCAAACCUGGCAUGAAAGGAACCAGAGGUCUUGUGGGUGAUCCAGGGUUACCUGGUAGAAAAGGUACAAAAGGAAAACUUGGAGUUCCAGGAGCUUAUGGGUUGUCAGGAGAAUCUGGACGUAAGGGAAUAAUAGGAGAUCCCGGCCAACCUGGGCGAGAAGGAGUCCCAGGCAUUGAGGCAUAUCAAGGACGACAGGGUCUGCAAGGACCAAAAGGCAUUAGUGGACUAAAGGGAGAGAAAGGAUUUCCAGGACCACAAGGUAACGAAGGUCCAAUGGGGAAACCUGGACUGAAAGGCCAAAAAGGAGAUACAGGAAUACCUGGCUGGCCUGGAUUUGUUGGGUAUCCUGGAAUCCAUGGUCAAAAAGGAGACCCAGGAAUGAAAGGACAAAAGGGUGAUACAGGUCCUAUUGGAACACAGGGUAUUGAAGGUCUAAAGGGUGAAAAAGGACACAAAGGACCAAAAGGAGAUUCUGGUGAUGAAGGGGAUUCUGGGCCAGAGGGUCUCGCAGGUAAACGAGGGCCUCCUGGCAAACCCGGUAAUCGGGGCCCAGUUGGAGAACAAGGUAUAACUGGUGAUGCAGGCCUGGCUGGAUCCUCUGGAGCUGCUGGACCUCCAGGGCCAAUCUUCCCAGCCAGUCAUGUGAUUGAGGUGUGCAAAAGACUUGUUCUUGAACAAAUAUCACUAUAUGCAAGUUUAGUGAGACGAAAGUGUUCCAGUGCAUGCCCACUUUAUGGUGAUGUUCCAGUGGGACCUCCUGGACCAGUCGGCGAGAAUGGACAACCUGGAAAAUCUGGCAAACCAGGAAUUGAUGGACAGGAUGGAGAGCAAGGCCUUGAAGGAUUCUGUGGAGAACCGGGUGAUCCAGGAUUGCAAGGACCGAAAGGUGAACUUGGAGACACAGGUGAUCAUGGUUCUCAAGGUGUUGGCCUCCCUGGAUUUAUAGGAGCACAAGGCUCAAGAGGUGAGCGUGGAAAGUCUGGAUUAGGCAUACCUGGACAACCAGGACAACGUGGACCACGAGGUCAUAUAGGGCAAAGAGGCUUAAGAGGACAUCAAGGAUACAGGGGACCUCCAGGUGUGUGUAUUGCAACAGGAUGUGAGUGGAAUAGAAUUUCCAGUGCCCCAGUUCUUAACACUGAAAAUCAAAGCCCUCAGCCACAACACAUUCAGCUACCACAGAAUUUCAUUGAUCAGGAAGAGUAUGUGUAA